UCGUCGUUCGUUGUUCGUUAUUCGGUCGCUCUCACUGGGCUGUAGACGAAUGAAUCGCAUAGAAAAUCCGUGGAAAGCAAAACGAACGACAGAAGAAGAAGCAAAUAGCAGCAGUAACAACAGCAACAACCAUACGAAAAUAGAUUUGAUGUGGUGGGGUGAUCUCGGUGUGCUGCGGCUCUCUGCUAUGCAUAUACGUUCACUUUGUAACAGGUCGUAUCGGUCAUGUCGGGUCGCGUACCUUUUGCAAUGACUCUGUGAAGCCAGUUAAGCAGUAGAAGGCCUUUUGAACAGGCUGUGCUCUCUGUAACUGUGUAAACUACACGAUUUUGCUCUGAUUUUUUCGUUUGGUGUGUUUCUUCGUUGUUUUUUUUUCCAUCCGAGAAAUUCGUUCAUCGAUGCAUCGAUCGUUUUCUCUGUACUGAGAGACAAAGCGACGUGAAUAUAUUGAGAGAAAAAAAUUAUUUAGACUUGAGAAUAAAAAGCGAUUUUUUUGUUAUUGUGUUUACUCUGAUUACGAGAAUUGAUUUUUCGUGUUUCGUGCGUUCUUUUGAGUGUGAAUUAUUUGAAUUUUUUUUUAAUUCCGAAAAAUCAAAAAAUAAAAUUCGCGCCGAUUACGUAUGGAAAUUUAUCGCAUCUUUUUCAAGGAACAAUUUUUUCUUUAGAUUAUCGAAUCGAAUAUCACCAUUAAUUGAAUUGAUCGUAAUUGCAAGAUCUGAAAAGAAAAAUUAAUUGAAAAACGUUUGUUAAUGAGAAGAGAAAAUUUAAAUUAUAACAAAAAUAAAGAAAAAUUCUGACAAACACUUUGAUUUAAAAAGACGGGCUCGAUUUAUUUUAUCAGUGCAAAGUUUUAACAUAAUUCAACACGUUUCAAAACAUCACAGCGAUUAUGUGGCUCAUUUUGCAUACCACUCAAAGUCUUGAUAUAACCGCCUGAUAACGAAUUAAUCUGUGUCAAUUGGAGAAUUGUGCGCAUUUUAAUCUGUGGAAAAUAGGAACGAAAGAAAAAUUGUAGAAAAAAAACACUGAAUUUUUCCAUCGAUCGAAGCAAAUGGGAAAUAUCAAGAAUAAUACAAAAAUCCAAUACACAAAGACAAGAUAAAUGAAGACAAUUACAAUUAUCCGUGUUGAAUGUACGCUUAUCUAGUGUGUUUUGUUAUUUAUUUUUGCUUGAAAUCCAUUUGCACAAACGAAAGCUGAUUGCUCAUUUUUAUUUCCAAUAAGAAACGAGCGAAUAAUUCUGAAAACUAGGCAAUUAUAAAUGACAACGGAAUAAAACGACAGUUGUUAAUGCAUCAUUUGUAAAAUUGACAAUGAUAAGGAUUUUCAAGUGAGAUAUCGAAACUGUUUUUCUGUUUGAACAAAAGAAUCAUCUGAAGAUUUUAAAUCGGUUCAAAAAAAAGUACACAAACUAUUUUUGCUGCGGCAAACGAAAGAAAAGCAAGGAAAUUUUGUCGCGUCGCUGAUCCUAAAAUUCCGCAGCAUAAAUUUGUUUUGUCACACAAAAAGAAUUGAAGUCGUUGCCGUUGGAAGACGGUGACCGUAAAACUGCCAAAAUAGUUCAAUCAAGAGAAUUUAGUGCAACCGUGAACCCCAAUACUGGGGUGCAAACCAGCAAUAUUAUUACCCACAAUCCGUUGAGCGUUUACGGAAGUGGCGUUGUGUGCCACUCACCGUCAGCGCCAUCCGGAUUCUUUAAUCCAUGCGGCCCAUCGGAUUUGGGCGCACUCGAGCUGGGCUUUCCACGUUCGAUGGCCCUUGCCGUUUCACAGCCGGCGACCAGCGCAUGGCGCGAACCAAUGAGCUCACAUCUGUCAUCGGUUUUAACGCCCAAAGUGGAGGAACUCACGCAAUUGUCAUCCGGCCUUAGUGGCCUAUCAAAUAAUGUCACAACCAGUGCAAACAAUGGUACCGCCGUUACACCGACCUCGAUCACACCGAAUGGCAGCGCAAAUGCGGUCAUUAGUUCGGGUUUGAAUAGCCGAGAUUUAGUGCAACAAAGUACAACGCCCAGCUCACAGGCCAACAGCUCACAAAGCGGUGGUUCACAAUCCGAUCAAAAGAAUCAACAAAACAUCGAAUGCGUGGUGUGCGGUGACAAAUCAUCCGGCAAACACUAUGGCCAAUUCACGUGCGAAGGUUGCAAAUCCUUUUUCAAGCGAUCAGUUCGAAGGAAUCUCUCGUACACAUGCCGAGGGAAUCGCAACUGUCCGAUCGAUCAACAUCAUAGGAACCAAUGUCAAUACUGUCGUCUAAGAAAGUGCCUAAAAAUGGGAAUGCGACGAGAGGCUGUUCAAAGAGGUCGAGUACCACCGUCACAGCCAACUGGUUUGCCCGGAAUGCACGGCCAGUAUUCUUUAGCGAAUGGCGAUCCAAUGUCCGUCGUUGGAUACAACAGUAGUCAUCAAUAUCUCAGUUCCUAUAUAUCGUUGUUGUUGCGCGCCGAACCCUACCCGGUGUCACGUUAUGGUCAAACGAUGCAACCAAACAAUAUGAUGGGCAUCGAUAAUAUCUGCGAAUUGGCCGCCCGCCUCCUCUUUUCGGCCGUUGAAUGGGCUAAAAAUAUACCACUGUUUCCCGAUCUACAAGUUACCGAUCAAGUGGCGCUAUUGCGUCUCGUGUGGUCUGAAUUAUUUGUGCUGAAUGCGUCACAGUGUUCGAUGCCAUUGCAUGUGGCACCAUUGUUGGCGGCAGCCGGUUUGCAUGCAUCCCCAUUGGCAGCGGAUCGUGUUGUUGCGUUCAUGGAUCACAUCCGAAUAUUCCAGGAACAAGUGGAAAAAUUGAAGGCAUUGCAUGUCGACACCGCCGAAUACUCAUGUCUCAAGGCAAUCGUAUUGUUCACAACAGGUAAGCUGUUGGAUAUUCUCUUUACAGAUGUGACGGCACUACUAACCAAAAUCACAAGCAUUCAUAAGCAAUUAACCACCGAAACGGAUAUGGUACACGCGGUCAAAGACCAUUUAAGCAAUAUGUAUGUUGAUUCGGUUAGUACAUCGAGCGCAAAUGUUAUCACAUCGACGGCAUCGCAUUUAUUCAACACCAGCGCCAGUUCCAUACUGAACAAUCAUAAUAAUAAUAAUAACAGUAGCAUUUGCGAUCAAAAUAACACCUCAUUUUCAUCGUCCGGCUACCAUACGAAUAAUAAUAGCCUGAACACUUCGAAUCUCACAAACAAAUCGUUUGCAUCGCCGAAAAGUAACAACAGCACUGGCAGCAUUGGAACGGUCAAUUCGCCCACCCCGUUUAUGCCAAGUGUAUCGGCUGCAAGUCUAGUAACACCAACUGUUAGUGCCGCAAGCAGCAGUCUGUUCUAUCAUCAAACGCCACAAACAUCACGUCUAUACACGUCAUUGGAUGGGUAUUCGCCGACCUGUUCCGCAUUCAGUAGCGUGGGACCAGGUCAUAGUAGUGCAUUUACUAGUCCAGAUUUUCGCUUUUCACCGUAUAGCUUUGGUAGACGGUAGUCUAGUUUUGAUUGUGUUCUCUGUUCAGUUGCUUUAUUCUGUAAAUUUUGUGCUGAUAUUUCUCUCAUUCGAAAUGGACCAUGUUACCUGACUUUCUGAAAUGAGAAAGAAACAAGAUUGCGCGCUGCUAUUUGGUACCAUCAAACACGCCCUUUUGCCUUUGGAACUUUCAAUUUGCUCUUAUCACUGCAUCUUAUGAUGAUAAUGAUGACAUUGAAUCAUUUCCACUCAUUUGAUCUGAUGUAACGGUAAACCAGAACAAUUCCUUUCCAUUUUCAAUCCCAUUUUCGCCGAAAUUGCUCUCUUUACCGUUACUUCAAAUUCAAUCACACUCAAAUCAAACGAUAUCGUUACGUUCAAUGACUCACGUUGAAUUUUCUCUAGUUACUUGUAAUCAAGUCUUAGUUAAAUUUUAGUCUAAUUUCUGUUACGCAUAGCUCAUAUGUUUUCUAGACCAUAGACAAUCAGUUGUAGUAAUUUAUUUUUCAUUUAAGAUUUUUUUUUAGCUGAAAGACAUUUAGGAUUAGGUUUAGGCUUCAAACUGUUAAAGGUGUUAGGCAACACUUUCAAAAAGUUUAUCGAAAAGAAUCGAAAUAAAGGGAUACUUUUUUUUAUGAAAUCAACAAAUUCUUUAGUCUUCUUGCUUUCUUUUUUAUCUAUAUCGCUUCUGUCUAUCGAAAAAUCGCUUUUUGGGGCUUCUUUGAGGUUUUAUUACUUUUGUUUUAUAAUUUGCUGCUUUUUUUGCUAAUACUUUUUACGCUUUUUAAUUUUAUUUUGCUGAUUUUUAUUUUGAUGCUUUUUAUCAUUUUGAAAACAAUGCUUUUUAUAAUUUUAUUUUGCUUUGCUUUUUGUAGAAUUUUGGCUUUGCUUUUCAACAAUCAUUUUUAUUUGCUCAAAACGUUUUAUUUUUGUUUGCCUUUUAUUUUUUAUUCGCUUUUCUUUAAAAUUGUGUUGUAGUGUGCAUUUAUUAAGCUUUGUAAGGGCGCUCUUUGGUUUGGCUUUUUAGUUUUUUAGUUGCUUUAUUUCUUUUUCCUUCUCAUCCAAUCAAUUUCACAAAUUUUCAUUUCAUUUUUUCAAGAUUAACCAAUUUUUACCCAUUUUUCGUUUCAGUUUCUUUCCAUUUUAUUCGCUUUUAUUUUUCUCUUUCCAGGAAAUGAAUAUUAUCGUUUUUUGUCUGACACAACUUGAAUCAGUUGAUGUGUUCGCAGUCAGAAAAUGUGUGAUUUUCAUUUUCUCAUUCACCCGCUACUAACCUGCACCUUUUAUUUUUAUUUUUCAUUUCUUUUUGCACAACAAUUUCCUUUAACUAAUUUUUAUUUUUCACUUUAGUUAUUUUUUCCAUCAAAAUUCACACCUUAAUCCCUGAGUAAGAACUUUUAUUUUGCUGUGAGGUUUUUUUAAAUCUAUUGUCUGUAUAAAUAAUGGAAACGGUGGCUAUUAAGUGCCUUAAAAGAAUGUGUGACAAGGUUCGAAGAAUCGAUAAAAUCAAUGUGAUCCGAAUUUCGUCAAUCGAAAUCAGUUUCGAUCUUGAUACACACGCGGUGAGACACAGUGCAUGGUGACAUAGGUUGCCCACACACUGUAGAAUAAUAAUAAUGUGUAAAAGGUAAGGGCUAUUCAAUGCAAAUCGUAUUGUACACUUUUCAAAUGCCUGUUUGAUAAACUGUCGAUUCAAUGAAAUGUUGUUUCAUUAAUGGAUUUCACCGACGAAAUUUUUCACACACACAAAUAACCCAGCUAACGGUGUUUUUCCCAUUCUUUCUCAGAGUUUGGUGGAAAUGUCUAGAUAUUGACACCAUAUCUCGAUGAUGCACAUCGGGCCGAAUAGUGCAUAGUCAUUUUGAAUCCAAUGAAUUGAACAUAAAUUGGCCCGGUGGUGCACGAAGAAAACUAACCGACGAACAAACACUCUCAAAUAACAUGAAAUUAUCCAAUUAGACAUUGAUAAAGUACCAUUUUGACAUGACAAGGUUUAUGUCUGUGAGUCGAGUUCGAGUUGAAUUGAGUGGAUUAAUACAAAGAAGUAAAAAAAAACAGUUAAAGCCAACAACAAGAAUGAAAACAUCGAUUUGCUUGUUCGUUCAGAUUGCAUUUGUACACACACGAUACAUCCAUUUUCACACUUCCAUUGAACGCGAGCGCAUAUUUCUUCGGCACUUGGUUUUACUCUCUGUUGCAUUGCGGUAAAUCGUCUUCGCACAGAUGAAAGAUAUUAAUGAUCAUUUAGACGCUUAUACAUCUUCUUCUCUUCUUGUGUUUCGGUAUUCGCCUGUCCAUUCGGCUCUGUACUUGCGAUCGCGCGCGCACGGCGAUUGUUCAAUAAAUAAAUAAAUGUUCGAAUUGAUUUUCAAUGGAAUGCAGGCUUAUUUAUAGCCCGAUUACUCUCGAAUCGCUUCAGUGGCUUAUGCAGUGUUCGGCUUUAACGCGCAUGCGUUCACACCUAAUGAAUGUAGCGUAAAAUGAAUGUGUCAGUUCAUUUGAUUAAAUUUGCCAUAUUAUUGUCAAUCGACAAUUUAUUUAUACGCUUCGAAGAUAUUUACGAUGUAGUGAACGUUUUUCUCCUCCACCUCUCUCUCUCUCUCUCUCUCUCUCUCAAAACUCGAAUUUUAUUGUGGUUUUGGGCGAACAAAUUUCCAUUUUUCACAUGAGACAAACUACGACACGACGAAACAGAAAAAAAAAUGGAAAGCCUCGAUAAACUUUGCCAAAAUUACACUGUUCUCUGCCAGAGAUUCACGAAAUGUAUCAGAUCACGUCGCGUAGUCUACAACUGGAAAACUAUUAGCAAAACGAUAUCGAUUUAAUAAUGUAGUUGAUGUUUGGUGGUUGGUGCGCUCUUUCGUGCAUUUCAGAUUCAAAUGAUUAAUUAGCGUAAUGAACAUUGACUGAUCGUUUUACUGAGAAGUGGCUCAGGAGUCGUGGCGCAACGAUCCCAAUUCCGCGAUUUAUUUUAUUUAAUUAGAUAAAAUCGAUGCAAAUUACAAAGAACCGACCCGAAAACCACGAAGAAGAAGAAGAGGAGGAGGAGGAGGAGGAAGCAGAAAAAAGCGCGAUUCAUUGUUUCUUCAUGUUUUGGCUGCCAUAGAGCACCGAACAUCUCGUCGUCGCUCAUCGAUUGUUGUAAUUAUUUGUGAUUUUCUCUUGUAAGCUUAUGUUGUUUAUCAUAACAAGCGCAAUGCAUCGCACAGAAACCGAUCGUCGCGCUUAAUUCGUCCACAAGAUAUGUAAUUGCAGCGUGGCCACGGCGGCGUGUAAAUAAGUGAAGAAAUGCACAAGAGAGCACCAAGCGAUGACGAGACAAAGAUUGUAAUAGAAGUCGAAUCGAGCAAUGAAAUGAAAUAGACACACGAAACAUAAUCGAUGCGAAAAAGUCGAAAAUGAACGCGAAAAAAAACAACACAACACACUAUAAUAGCUGUAGGGAGAUGAAAAUGCCCAUAAAAAUGGCUAGGCUGCAUUGCGAGAGAGAGCACAGCGUCGAAUGGAGGCAAAUCGAAAUUAAAAGGCGAGGAGAGAGAGAGAGAAAAGGUCGUGACAAUUGAGUUUGCAUGAAGUCACAGUCAAUAUUUUACCGUUUCGAUGUUUUAUAGUAUGUGCGCGCCCGCGCCUCUGCGAUUUGUGAUGAGAACGUGCGGCCGUUUGGGCUUCUUUUGACUGUCAUCGUGCACGUUAAAUGCUUCCCAUUUGUGAUGCUGUUUUUUCUUCUUCUUCUUCUUCUCUUCAAGUUGCAGCAAUGGAAAAAAAAUUACUGAAUCGAUCGGCUCGACCAAAUUUGGAUUGCUUGUAAGAUGCAUCGAAACGACAUUUUAAUGAGAUUCAUUGACCGUUCGCCCGAGAAGAAAUAGAAUUACCGUAAACGAGUUUAUUAGAGAAUUUACCUGAUGUAUUUAUGAAAAUCGCUUUAAUUUUUGACCCAGAAAUACUCUCGCCCGAUUCAUAUUCGAUCCGUUUGGAAAUGGGAAACCGUUUUGGUUUUUUGUUUUUCGGUUGCGCGAAUCGCGUUUGAUUCUCAUCGAUGCUGGCUGAUAUGUGGUUUCGGUCAAAGUCAAAAGGUUCAGCGCGAACAUAACCGUUUCGGGAACGUGGCCCCGUGUAGUACUGCACAGCAGAGAGUGCCUUCGAAGCGCAAAAAGUGUAUCUCACGAUUUGGACACAGCGAGCGCAACCAAAUCGCGACACGAUGCGACAAUUUUCAACCAUUUGACACACAAUGAACAUCUAGCUGAUUCCAUUCAAUUUCAGUAGACUGCCCUUGCCACACCGUGCGACUUGCCUCUCUGUCUCUCUCUCUCUCUCUCUGCGAAAUCAAAUCGCUUAUUUUUUAUGGCUACAAGGAAAUUAAUGCCAAAUGCACUUCAUACCCAUAGCUCUGAGCUCGGACACAAACAUAAAGUUUUUUCCUUAUCCAUUUUCAAACUAAUCGCAUCAAAUGCCCAUUCCAUUUAUGAACAAUGGCCGCGAAAUACGAGAAAGGAAAAGGAAAAAGCAAGACUUCUUUAUCGUCUCUAUUAGCCAGUACAUUACAUUCGAUUGGAAUGUGUAAAUACUUGAGUUCUAUCGCGUUACUCGGUUCGUUGUACACAUUUUUUUCCUCUUUCGCGACUCCGAUCCGAUCGAAUGGGUUUUUUUCUCGCUCAUUUCUCAGUGUCGUCCGGAUGAAUGCAGCCUAAAUCGAAUGUUGAAAUGUCUUUGACCAUUCAAAAAAAAA